AUGAACACCUCAGCUUCCAUUCCUUUCUCAAGAAUGAAAGGUUUCAUGUUCUUCAAUGACGUUCUUCCACGGAAGUCUCGGUUGGUGCUAGCCCCCAGGGCUGCUGAUCCUAAUGCAGGCAAGGACAGCAAUGUGAGCGACGAUGAGGUACAAAAGCAGCAGCGUGUGAUGCAACAACCACCUGUGUCGCUCAGCCUGGACGACGUUAACCCUGUGGGACUAGGUCGAAGAUCACGACAGUUAUUCGAUGAGGUUUGGAGAAAGUUCUCGGGAUUGGGUCAGAUUUCUAGGACUAUCCGCUCCGAUGAUCAGGAGGCUCUCGAUGCGCUUCUCGUCCGAGAAGGUCCCAUGUGUGAGUUCGCAAUCCCUGGCGCUCAGAAUACUACUGUGCUCGUUGUUGGUGCCACUAGCCGCAUCGGUCGCAUCGUUGUUCGAAAGCUCAUGCUCAGGGGUUACGCUGUCAAGGCUUUGGUACGGAGGGCAGAUCAGGAGGUGGUAGACCUGCUUCCAAGGUCAGUAGAGAUAGUGAUUGGGGAUGUUGGUGAUCCCACCACUGUCAAGGCUGCCGUAGAAGGUUGCAACAAAAUAAUAUGUUGUGCCACUGCCCGUUCUGCUAUCACUGGGGAUCUCUUCAGAGUUGAUCAUCGAGGAGUUUAUAAUCUAACUAAAGCAUUUCAGGAUCACAAUAAUAAAUUGGCACAAUCACGGGCUGGGAAAAGCAGUAAAAGUAAACUCUUGAUUGCCAAAUUCAAAUCUGCAUCUUCAUUGCAUGGAUGGGAAGUUCGUCAAGGAACUUACUUCCAAGAUGUACUUGCCACAAAAUAUGAUGGAGGGAUGGAUGCUAAAUUUGAGUUCACCGAGAAUGAAGAUGCUGUUUUCUCAGGGUAUGUCUUCAAUAGAGGAGGCUAUGUGGAACUAUCAAAAAAGCUUUCCCUACCAUUAGGUUAUACUCUUGAUAGGUAUGAGGGUCUGGUUCUCUCUGUUGGUGGCAAUGGAAGAUCUUAUUUAUUAAUUCUAGAAGCUGGUCCUUCGGCGGAUCCAAGCCAGAGUAGAUUGUAUUUUGCAAGAAUUAGUACAAAAGUGGGAUUUUGUAGGGUUAGAGUACCAUUUUCUUUGUUCCGUCCAGUGAAACCAGAUGAUCCAGUGUUAGAUCCUUUUCUUGUACAUACUUUGACAAUACGCUUUGAGCCUAGAAGACAGAAGCCUGUUGAAGUAAAUGCAACUACGAAACAGGAUUUAAGGAGCUUUAAGCUUAUAUUGGAGUAUAUUAAAGCCUUGCCGACCGGGCAGGAAACCGAUUUUGUAUUAGUUUCAUGUUCUGGACAAGGAAUUGAGCCUUCCAGACGGGAACAGGUUCUUAAAGCCAAGAGGGCCGGUGAAGAUUCCCUGAGAAGAUCUGGCCUCGGAUACACGAUAGUUCGUCCUGGUCCAUUGCAGGAAGAACCUGGAGGGCAGCGUGCGCUAAUAUUUGAUCAAGGAAACAGAAUAUCUCAGGGCAUCAGCUGUGCUGAUGUAGCCGAUAUAUGUGUAAAGGCACUGCACGAUACAACUGCAAGAAACAAAAGCUUUGAUGUAUGUUACGAAUAUAUUGCUGAAGAUGGAAGGGAGCUUUAUGAGCUGGUUGCACACUUGCCCGACAAAGCAAAUAACUACUUGACACCAGCACUCUCGGUCUUAGAGAAGAAUACCUGA